CCCCGCGGUGCCCAGGAUGAUCUACCCCACGGCCCACCCGCUGAAGCCUGCGCGGACGGACGUGCUGGUCACCACCUCCUGGCUUGCGCCCAUCGUCUGGGAGGGGACCUUUGACCCCGACAUCCUGGACGCGCAGUUCAGAAACACCACCAUUGGGCUGACAGUGUUCGCCAUCAAGAAGUAUGUGGUCUUCCUGAAGCUGUUCCUGGAAACGGCUGAGCAGUUCUUCAUGGUGGGACACCAGGUCAACUACUACGUCUUCACAAACCGGCCAGCCGACGUCCCUGACGUCCCCCUUGGCCGGGGCCGCCGGGUUGUGGUCCUCCAGGUCCGGAGCUACCGCCGCUGGCAGGACGUGUCCUUGCGCCGCAUGGAGGUGAUCAGCAGCUUCGCGGAGCGGCGCUUCCUGCAAGAGGUGGACUACCUGGUGUGUGCGGACGUGGACAUGAAGUUUAGCGACCGGGUGGGCGCCGAAGUCCUGUCCCCGCUGUUUGGCACGCUGCACCCGGGCUUCUACACGGCUGGCCGCCAGGCCUUCACCUACGAACGCCGCUCUGCCUCCCAGGCCUACAUACCCCCCGACGAGGGGGACUUCUACUACACCGGAAGCUUUUUUGGGGGCUCGGUGUCGGAAGUGCACAGGCUCACCAAGGCCUGUCACCAGGCAAUGAUGGUGGACCUCGCCCAUGGCAUUGAGGCCGUGUGGCAGGACGAGAGCCACCUGAACAGGUACCUGCUAUACCACAAGCCCGCCAAGGUGCUGUCCCCCGAGUACAUGUGGGACGAGCACAUGCUAGGCAGGCCCCCCGUCCUCAGGAAGAUGAGAUACAUGGCUGUGCCCAAGAACCACCAGGCCAUCCGGAACCCAUGAGACCGCCCGUCCCACCCGGAAUGCCAGGAGGUGGGAGAAAGGCCAGCCGGGUGGUCUGGGACCGGGAAGUGGCGCUCAUCUCCCGACAUUUUCUUCUGGAAUCAUGGCCGCCACCCACCCAGCACCUUGGGGAAUCUGUGCGGUUCCCCAAACUCCCAGCACCCACGCAAGCGGGUGCCACCGUGACCACUUGGCUGCCUUUGCUUGGUCACACAGCCCCUCUGUCCCCCUCCCCCCAUAUCCCCUACCACCUGCACCCACUCCUCAGUCACCAGGUGGUCUCUCUGCCACGCCAGGGCGCCAUCUCAGCCCACUUCACCGUGAAAUCCCUUAGUGCAGAAUUCAUAGCGUGGCCUGGAGCUCCCUGUUGGUCCCCGAGUCUUGGGUUGGGGGUGUCGUCUGAAACAAGUGUGUGGGCCAUGAAAGAAUGGGAGUCCAUUCCCAUUUCAUGGCUCCUUUGGUAGAGCCUGCGGCCGGUGGAGGUCUGCCGGGGCAGGUGGUGGCAGCAUUAGGAGCCUGACUUAUUUAAUUGGUUAUAUCACAUCGGACCUCCCUGCAAUGAGAGUGGUAUCCCUGUGGCCCCCUCCCCACCCCACGCCCACAAGACAGCACACAGGCUAAGUGAUGCCAGGUGUCUGCUGCAAGUCAUGGGGUCAGGGCCGAGAAGUGUCUGACUCCUGGCCCCACAGUGUGGUCUCUGUGCUUCCUGGGGGCAGGUGUGGUCCU